GUUCCCGCUGGCCAUACAGAAGGCCAGGCUUGCGACAACCGAGGAUCCCAGGCACUUGUGGGGAAGCUUCAGGGUUUAAUGACGCGAAUCCGGGGCGGAGUCUAGCCCUAAUCCUAGUCCUGGUUCUGACGCGGCAACCGGUGAAUGGUAGCCAAUAAUAGCUAAUACAGACCGAGUAGCCGAGCAUCUCUCAUACAUAUCCCCUAACUCCACAAUAUCUACACCACGAUAGGGGCUAUUGCUGAUCAGGCCAUUGUCGUCAUCUAUGUGAGUAGUUAUUAAGGGUUUACUGUGUCUAUUGGCCAUUGCGACAUCGCAGUGGAGAGCGACGACAUCGGAAACUUUACACUAUCUACUUCCUUAUAUAAUUAUGGCAUCUCAAAUCUAUUCGCAAGUAGAUCUCACUCUAUUUUUACCUCAUAGCCCCCUUAACCCAAUGAGUCGCCAAGCCUUCAACGGCAAAACACGACCUUAGGUAUACCGUGAUUUUUUAUCUAAAACAAUACGCGCGGGGACCCUACUCGCGACGACAUCAUGGCACCAGGAAAGAAACCUAACUUUCUUAUUGCCCUUGCGGAUGACUUGGGAUUCUCAGAUGUUGGCCCAUUCGGUGGUGAGAUAAAUACACCCAACAUCGACAAGCUCGCCAAAGGUGGCAUUCGGUUCACCGAUUUCCACGCCGCUGCUGCGUGUUCGCCCUCCCGUGCUAUGAUCAUGACUGGCACAGACCACCAUAUCGCCGGCUUAGGAAACUUGAUUGAAUGGACCAAUAUAUCUGGUCAGAAUGACCCGAACGGGACGAUGUCGACCGCCGUCCAGCGUGGGAUGCCUGGUUACGAGGGAUAUCUCAACGAACGAGUUGUGGCUUUGCCUGAACUGCUCCGCGAUGCUGGUUACCUCACCCUUAUGGCGGGAAAGUGGCAUUUGGGCCUAACACCAGAACGGAGUCCGAAAGCAAGGGGUUUCGAGAAGAGCUUUGCCCAUCUACCGGCAUGCAGCAAUCACUAUGGAUAUGAGCCUCAACUCGAAGGCAUGGACCAAAUACCCGAAUUCAUGACGAUGAGCUUCAUCGCUCUUCACAGCGAGGAUGGUGAGUACGUCAAGAAACUGCCUGAGGGGUGGUAUUCUUCCAAUGGAUACGGCGAUAAGAUGGUACAAUACCUAAAGGACUGGAAGGAGGGGAAGGAUGAGCGACCAUUCUUCGCCUACCUGCCAUUUACCGCGCCUCACUGGCCCCUGCAAGCACCACAGGAAUACAUCAAGAAGUACCGCGGUGUGUACGAUGAUGGCCCUGAUGCUCUACGCCAAAAACGACUCCAGCGCCUCAAGGAUCUCGGCAUGGUCCCGCAAGAUGUGGAGCCGCAUCCGGUUGUGGCAGAAGAAGUGAAAGAGUGGGGAGACAUGAGCGAGGAGGAGCGUGCUAAUUCCUGCCGGGCAAUGGAGUGCUUCGCUGGAAUGGUUGAGUGCAUCGACGCCAACGUCGGAAAGGUCGUCGACUAUCUAGAGGAAAUUGGGGAACUGGAUAAUACCUUUGUCUGCUUCCUCUCGGACAAUGGGGCCGAAGGUGCUGCUUAUGAAGCUUACCCGAUCGUCCAAAGCACAAUGCUACAACACUUGACGAAAUAUUAUAAUAACCACAUCGAUAAUCUCGGAAACGGAGAUUCGUUUAUCUGGUAUGGACCAAGAUGGGCACAGGCAGCCACUGCACCUAGCAGGUUGUAUAAAGCGUACACGACGGAGGGUGGCGUACGCGUUCCAUACUUGAUGAAGCCGCCUGCGAGCUUCAACGGACAGUAUGAGGCUGGCAGCAUAACUCAUCAAUUUGCAACGGUGAUGGACCUCGCCCCUACCAUUCUCGACAUGGCAGGGGUUUCCCACCCUGCUCCCACGUAUCGAGGCCGCGAAGUCGUGUCAAUGAGAGGAAAGUCCAUGGUCCCAUACCUACAAAAGAAAGCAGAAACUAUUCACGAAAAGGACUUCAUCAACGGAUGGGAGACGUGUGGACGAGCUGCAUGCAGAAAGGGCGACUGGAAGAUCGUGUUCAUCCCCAAGCCCAAGGGCCCAGAGCGUUGGCAAUUAUACAAUCUUGUGAAGGACCCCGGCGAGGUACAUGAUCUCGCCGAGCAAGAGCCCGAGAGGUUAAAGGAGUUGAUCAAACUAUGGGAUCAGUACGUUUUGGAGACAGGAGUCAUCCCCCUAUCUCCAGAUCUAGGAAACUGGAUGGCCGCCAUGGAGGAGCAAAUGCCUGAGAACGCAUGGAUCGAAUAUGAAUACUGGAAAGAAGGAGCUAGAGAUGAUCCGGCCAAGUUUACAAAGGAAAUCCCCAAGUUCCAAAGGCAGGUAAAGGCGAUUUGAAGCUACAUCUAUAAGUACUAAAUUCUAGCCAUCACACGCUUACCAAAUUGAUCAACGCAAAGGUCAUACGUAUAGCAAUAUUAAGUCUUAUAAAAUUACACUCUUAAACGUGUAUAUCGGUUUAAUGCUAAUUAGCUACAACC